AUGUCAUUGUCUAAUCGAAUAUACCAUGAUCAUGCAAUAAGAGACGACAGUGACAGCGAUGCAACCUCUUCUUGUUCUUCAUCUUCAUCCACGCUGACAACCGACACUACUGAUAGGGAAGAAACCUCACCGCUACUAUCGAACAAUUUCAAAUCAGUUCAUCCUUAUACCAACAACAAAACUCACCACCAUCACAGAAGUAACAAAGCUGAUAAUUUUUAUAAUAGCAUUGAUGGCAGUACGAGUAGUAGUAGUAGCAGCCAUAGUGUACGGCAAGAGUUGAAAUGGUUAACUACCCACAGUCUACCGAUCAUUGGAACCUACCUGCUGCAGAAUUCCUUUCAGUUGGCAAGCAUUUUUACUUUGGGCCAUCUUGGUUCUAUGGAAUUAGGUGCAUCUGCAUUGGCUUCCAUGUUUGUCAACGUUUCAGCUUGGAGUGUUGCUUACGGCACUACAACAGCACUAGAUACUUUGUGCAGCCAAUGUUGGACAGCCUCAAAAGAUAAAACCAUUAUUGGAGUCUAUUUACAACGCGCUUAUUUAGUGCUAAGUUUAUUGUUUAUACCCAUUGCUUUUAUUUGGUGGAGUGCUACACCUAUCAUGUUGAAGUUUAAUCAAGAUCCAGACCUGGCAGAAUUAGCAGGUUUAUUCUUACGUUACCUGUUACCCGGUGCACCAGCUUACAUUGCUUUUGAAGCAACAAAACGGUAUCUACAGGCGCAAGGUAUCAUGCAAGCCUCUACCUAUUGUAUGUUAAUCACUGCACCAGUAAACUUUAUUCUCAACUACAGCUUUGUCUAUCCAUGUCAAUUGGGGUUCAUUGGUGCUCCCCUUGCAACCAGCCUUAGCUAUUGGAUUAUGUUCGGUCUACUGCUUUUGUACACAAAAUAUGUCGCCGGCUAUGAAGGCUGGGGAGGCUGGAGCCGUCAAUGUCUGAAAGAUUGGUGGCCAUUUGUUAAACUUGCCAGUAGUGGAAUUGUCAUUAUAUGUGCUGAAUGGAGUGCUUUUGAAAUCGCAUCGUUAGCAGCGAGUUAUCUCGGUACUAUCGAUCUGGCCGCUCAAAGUAUCCUAAUCACUAUCAGCUCGGCUACUUAUACCGUACCCUUGGGCAUUUCCGUAGCCGCAACAAACCGUGUAGGCAAUGUGUUGGGAAGUGGCGAUAGCAUCAAAGCACGACGAGCGACUCGAUCUGCUCUUUUGUUCGCUGUGGCAUUCGGAUGUUUGAACUCUACUUUCGUUUUAUUGUUCCGUACGCAGUUGGGCAAACUGUUUAGCUCAGAUCAGGAGGUCAUCGAUAGAGUAGCAUUAGUAUUGCCCUUGUUUGCCGUGUUUCAGAUUGCAGAUGGGUUGGCUUCCGUUGGCGGAGGUGUUAUUCGUGGAAUGGGUAGACAAAGCGUAGCGGCUUGGAUCAAUUUGAUUGCUUACUAUUUGGUGGCGUUACCCAUUGGAUUUUUGUUGACUUUCCAUGUUGGAUGGAAUUUGUUAGGUUUAUGGACAGGUCUGUCCAUUGCAUUGUUUCUAGUCGCCACCGGUGAGUUGUGGUAUCUGUCACGUGUAAACUGGGUUGGAGAAACAGAAAGAGCGCAACGACACUACGCACUAUCAUCCAAAAGACCGGAUCAGUCUCAUUUUCUUCACCAUGAGUCACAUGAAGAGGGUAGACGAAAAAGAAGGCACACAUCGCUUGAUUAUCAAUCCAUUGUUGUUGAUUUGUAG